GAAUGUCUGACUACAGUUUACAACGGAAGCUGGAACCCAUUUACGAUGUUCUGGACAAUCAGAAUUUUAAAACCGCUAUUCAGUUGUGCAACAAGGCUUUACGCAAAUCUGGCCCAACUAAUGCUAUCCAGGCUCUCAAAGCAUUUGCUCUGUCUCGAUCUGGGUGUGAUGAUGAAGCGUUAGAUCUGUGCAACAAGAUCAUGGCUUUAAAACCAACUGAUGCUCCUACUGUACAAGCCUUAAUGUUGACUUUCAAGUUUUUGAAUAAGAACGAUCGUCUUGUUGUUCUUUAUGAACAGGCGUUUGCGGCAUUGCCCAAUAACGAAGAAUGGGCCAAUCAUUGGUUUAUGGCAUUGGUGCGUAUCAAUGACCUCAAAGGUUAUCAGCAGGCUGCCAUGAAGCUUCACAAAACAUUUCAAGAAGUCAAAUAUUAUUUUUGGGCCGUCAUGUCAAUUUAUUUGCAGUCCAAGAUACCAGACUGUCCCAACAAGUCAUUGCUGCUCUCGCUUGCUCAAAAAAUGAUGGAAAAGGCCGAAAAAAAUGAAUGGAUCAGCACUCCAGAAACACUGCAUCUAUAUAUGAUGAUAUUGGAGGAACAGUCCAAGUAUACGGAUAUGGAAAAACUUGUCAGCGGGAAGUUGGGUGGAUUGUUGCGCAUCGAGUCUGAGCGCGAUCGUGUACUUCUCGAGUCAUUAGUCAAGAGAAAUGAUCACAUACUUGCUAUCGAGGUAUCCCUUCGUUUGUUGACAUCCAACAUUGACGAUUGGUUUUCAUAUGUGACUCUUUCUGACUCGCUUUUAGAGCUUAAAGAUGAUUCUUCAAGAAUUUCAAAAGUGUGGGCCACAAUCGCGACUUUACAAGAACGUGCUUUAAAUGAAAGGCAGCCAUGUCGAGGUCCAUUCCUAGCUGAACUGUUGCUGAUUAGCAAGAACUUGAAUAGAUCUACGGAUCCGUCCAUUUCGCAGUCAUUGCUGAUGUAUUUGAAAAGAUUUGGAAAGGCGCAGUCGUGCUUUGAUGACAUGAAGCCGUAUUUGAAUCAUUGUACAGAUGAAGAGCUUCGCACUGUUGUUGAUGCCAUAUUGAGCACCGAAACUACUUCCCCUGAAGAAGACACUCCAAAAUCGAUCAAGAUUGACGCACUUCGUCGGGAUAUUAAUGCUCGAAAAAUUAUUCGUUUUGCUUCCAAUACAGUACUUCUACCAGCAGAUCGUGAUGCUCAACUGACUCAGCUAAUCAAAUGCUAUCAUGACAGUAUCCCACUGGGGGCUGAGAUGGAUGUGCGUGAGCUUCAGCCCGGCGAUGAAUAUCUUGUUAUUUCUACAGAAUACAUUCUGGAACUAUAUUCAAUUGAUCGAGAUGAAAAGAUACUGGUGAACGCCAUUGGGCUACUUGAGUUUGCACUCGAAAAGAGCAAGUACAACCAUCAGUUUAAACUUUUGCUUAUUCGUAUGUAUUUUGAAAUUGGUGUGUAUCAGCGUGCUAUUGAUCUCUCAGCUAUGAUGGACAUCAAGCAAAUUCAAACCGAUACGCUCAGUUACAUUUUUACAGACGAUCUGGAGAUUUAUGGUUCCUACAAUCAGUCUAUAAACCAGUUUCUUCUUGGGUCAAUGGUUUAUACUCGCAAUGAGAAAGAGCUGCCAGAGUCAAUCAUCCAAGCAUUCAAAUAUGCUUCGUUCUCAAAGAUUCCCGAGUUUAUGCUAUUUCAAGAAAAGCUUUCCAAAUCUAUUCAAAGAAUACAUUUUCAACAUCAAAUCAUUCGAUCUGAAAUUAUUUCCAAAACCAGUAACAUGUCAGAGCUAAAGGAAUUUCUUUUGAACAUCAAUCCUAAUACUCUGGCAUUUGAAGACGACAAGGUGCAGCACUACUAUGACAAUCGUGACUUUACUGUUCUUUCCGAGAUUGGCGGGUUUAAAAAGUCAUUGGCAAGUAAAAUUAUGGCAACAGAUUUUCCAAGAACAUCGUCUCCAUGGCGCAAAAUGCGAUCUUUGGUGGUUUUGCUUCUUCAAAAUAUGGUGUCCAACAAAUAUUCAAGUGCAGAAGUUGCUACCAUGGAAAAUCAGCUUGAAGUUGUAGUGGCUACGCUACCUGAUCAUGAAGCAAUACCUGCCAAAGUGAUCCUUCAUCUUUCGCGUUUAAGCAGUGGCCGACUUGUCGAUCAAUCUGAAGAAAAAGGUUGGAAGGAAGUGAUUGAUUUAUACACAUCUUUGACCAGCAUCAUUCUUGACAGCAAUCAGUUUGGACUUUCUCGCUGCUUUGCAGAAAACAUGACUGGUGUGAUAGAGGCAUCUACAUAUAUUUAUGUUGCAUUACUGUUUUCCAGUAGCAAUCUCCAGUCAUCCAAAAUGACAAAUAGAUUCAAAACUAAAAACGACACCAUUGCCAGUGCAUACGCCAAGUUUAUACAAGAAACAAAAGCAGUUCAUAGUACUAUCAAGACACGACUUAAUCAAAUAGCACAGAUGGACAGCAAGCAGAUACAGGCCCAUUUUGAAAUUGGACAAUCUGGAAUUAAAACAGACUUGAUAUUUUUGACCGAUACCCAGGCAGUCAAUAACAUGACAGAGUUCAUUCAACGUGGCUGGACACUUUCUUUUAAAGGGUACCAACAGUCUUUGGAGCAUCUGACAACUAUGCAAUGAUGCCAGGUUCAAAAGCUUUCAUGUGAUGACCUAUGUUACACGUUUAUGACAUGUUAGCAUCAAGUGAAUGUCUGACAGAUAUGUCACAAUGCUGAUUUCAAUAAACAACAAUAAAUGCCGAGGUGAAUUCAAGAUGC